UGUGCACCUGGGCGUUACGGAGUCCGCGUCGCAGUUCCGCAGCCCCGGACCCUGGGCGUCACUGUGCCCCGUGUUAAUUUGGUUCUCUGCGUCUCGCUGUUGGAAGUGGCGUAUUAUUUUGGGAGGGCGCCUGGUUUUGUGUAUUUCUGAGAAAGACGUUGAUACUCCUUCCUGGGAACGGGAGGACGGCCCGGUCCUAGUGCCCACUAGAUCCCUAGGGCUGCGGGGCGGACGGAGCUUGUGGCCCUAGCUGAGGGUGACCUCACUCCGCGAAGCCGCCCGCGGGGGCGCCGAUGGCCGAACGUAUCCUGGGAAAGACUUUAGCCACGGUGUCUCUCUCUGUGGCCUUGGCCUCUGUGACUGUCAGGUCCUCGGGCGGUUGCAGCAUUCCGGCGUGCAGAAACUCAUUUUUAUCCUGUGGGUUUCAUCUUUACUCCAACAGCAUGUCUAGUUCUAGUGGUGCCCAAGAGAAUUCCCACAACAAGGCUCGGACGUCUCCGUACCCGGGCUCAAAAGUCCAACGCAGCCAGGUCCCUAAUGAGAAAGUAGGGUGGUUUGUUGAGUGGCAAGACUAUAAUCCUGUGGAAUACACUGCUGUCUCUGUCUUGGCAGGACCCAGGUGGGCCGAUCCUCAGAUCAGUGAAAGCAACUUCUCUCCCAGGUUUAAUGAAAAGGAUGGGCAUGUUGAGAGAAAGAGCCAGAAUGGUCUAUAUGAGAUUGAAAAUGGAAGACCCAGAAAUCCUGCAGGACGGACAGGACUGAUUGGCCGGGGGCUUUUGGGGCGAUGGGGCCCAAAUCAUGCUGCGGAUCCCAUUAUAACCAGGUGGAAAAGAGAUAAAAGUGGGAAUAAAAUUACCCAUCCUGCUUCUGGGAAAAACAUCUUACAGUUUGUGGCAAUAAAAAGGAAAGACUGUGGAGAAUGGGCAAUCCCAGGGGGGAUGGUGGAUCCAGGAGAGAAAAUCAGUGCUACACUGAAAAGAGAAUUUGGUGAGGAAGCUCUCAACUCCCUACAGAAAUCCAGUGCAGAAAAGAGAGAAUUAGAGAAACAGUUGCACAAACUCUUCAGCCAGGAGCAUCUCGUGAUAUAUAAAGGAUAUGUUGAUGAUCCUCGAAAUACUGAUAAUGCAUGGAUGGAGACAGAAGCUGUGAACUACCAUGAUGAGACAGGUGAGAUAAUGGAUAACCUUACCCUAGAAGCUGGAGAUGAUGCCGGAAAAGUGAAAUGGGUGGACAUCAGUCAUCGACUCCAGCUUUAUGCCAGUCACUCUCAGUUCAUCAAACUCGUGGCAGAGAAACGGGAUGCACACUGGAGUGAGGACUCUGACGCUGACUGUCGCGGGCUGUAGCCGCAUCUCUGACGGCCGCGGGCCAGCAGAGGAGCAGGCGCUGAAGAGAAGGCGGUACAGCAGCGCUCACAGGAUAAAGGGGGGCAGGGUCGGUCACUUUGAAAUUGUUUCAUUCACUUUUAAAACUUUGCAUUUCGAAGAUUUUCAUCAGAAUAAAAUUAGUAAAUACAGUGAAAUGCAACACAUAAUGUUCUGCUUUCCAGGCAAAAGAAAAACAACAACAUAUUUCGUAUGUAUUCUAUUUAAGCAUGGUUUAAACCAAAUCUAAACAACUGAUGCUCUUUGAAGAACCAUAAUCUGAAUAACAUGAAAUUUAGGGUCAGCUGUAACUUCUGCUUUCCAUCUAUUUCUUAUUUGUCGGUUUUUUUUCUUUUUUUCCCUUUUGAUCUAGGGUCUGAAGGAUGUUUCUGCCAUUUCAGACUCUUUUAGGAGGGCACUGCCACUGUCUAAUCUAACCGAUCUUUAAAUUAUUGCUUCAUAUUUUGCUUUAUGUGAUCUUGUUGAAGUGGAUUCCAAAAAUGGUAACUUUAUGUUUUGACUCUAAAGGCAUCAGUUUUUUCAGGAAAUCUUAGCCACUCUUUUAGUUAAUAAAGAUCAAGAUCAAUGAACAACAGUUCACAUUCUCAUUUUUCAAAAAUUCUGAAUUUAAAACUGUGUCCAGGAAAUUAGUAAUUUAAAUUGAUGUAUUUAUUUCACUCUACUGUAACUGUAUGUAUCAUAAAUGAAUUAAAAAUAGACAUUCAGGGGCA